CCACGAUAUGCCCUCCAACUUCAUCUGAUAUCCCUCUCUGAUUCUGUCCAACUCUCCCGCAGUCAUGGAUGUAGCCUACGACCACAUCCAGGAGGAGAUCUUCUCCUCCAACGACCCCGCCAAGAAAGAAAACAACAGCAAGAACAAUAACAACCCCUCCGAUGCACCCGCCACCAACUCAGACCGCCCCAACGUCGACCUUAACGCCGAACUGCAGGAAACCUUCCGCGCUUUCUCCGCAAGCCCCUGGGGUGCACGCAUCGGUGGACUCUGGGACAAUGUCCGCAAACAAGGCGAAAGCUAUUACGAAGGCGCUCGCCAGGAAUACGCCGCCGCCAGCGAGGAAGCCGCCAAGGGGUUCUCGGAUCUGAAGAGUAGUAUCGUCGGGCGCACGCGGGGGUUGUCCCUGAGCACGGCUUUCAACAAUAACAUCAUCGGCGCUGGCACCAGUACUACAACUGAGCAGGAGACGGAUACAUCGUCAUCUACGCCUAAGAAUGAGACCGGAGAUAAGGAGAAGGCUGGACCUUCUGCCAGCUCGGAUAACAAUAAUGAGGGGUUCCUCUCGCGGUUCAAGGCCGAGGCCGCCCGCCGACUCAAAGAGAUCGAGAAGGCUGAGGAAGCAGCCGACGAAGCUAUCCUGCGCUUUGGGAUGAACAUCGGACAGAAGUUGAAGGAUGCGGUCAGCAUUGUGCCGCCGUCUACGGACUCGUCGUCGGACAAGCUUCUAUUUGAGAGUAAGGAUGCAGACGGGAAGCGGGUUAUUCAUGCUACGCGGUUCGAGGCACAGCUUCAUGUCAUUCAUUCGAACUUGGAGAGUUUCUCGAAAGAUCCUGUGAGUGAGGAGUGGUCUACUUUCAAUCAGUCUUUCAACGUGGACAAUAAGACGGAUGCUAUUGCCGCCGACUUGGAGAAGUAUCCGGAGCUGCGCUCCGCUAUGGAGAAGCUUGUCCCGGAGAAGGUGGAAUACGCGGUCUUCUGGUGUCGUUACUACUUCUUGCGUUUGGUUAUUGAGACCGAGGAGCAGAAGCGGAAGGAGCUUCUCAAGGAUGUCAACGUCGACGAGGAAGAAGUCAAGUGGGACGAUGAUUCCGAUGACGACACCGACUCUCCCUCUACGCCUCAAGUCCAGCAAUCUACCGCAACCGCCAAGGCUACCACUGCCACCCCGACUGCCACUGCUACCGAGAAGGAUACCCUAAAGCCCACGGAACCCCGCCGGUCCAACGACCAACAGUCCCAGCCCGACAGCGAAUCCAGCUACGACCUUGUCAGCGGUGCGACCAGCCGCACUCCUGCCAGCCCCAAGGAGAAGGCCAAGGAUGAGGAAAGUGAUGACGACUGGGAGUGAAUGAUGGGAUGAUUGCUUGGAGUAAAGCACAGAUUUUGACUGCGUCGUAUAGUUGCUAGAGAUUCUCCAAAUUAUUGACUGACCACUGGCUGGUCCGAAAGAGAGAAAGGAUUAUUGUUCCCCUUACAUAUGAGUUGAUCGCGGUGCGAGGAGUUGCGGUGUCGUUUGUUUGAUAUCUUCAGGCGUUAGGAUUGCCACUCUAUUCCUUCUUCUUUUCUAGUAUCGUCGUUCAUUCCACUUUUUCCAUCCCCCCUACGCGAUACGUUCUUGGUAUUAGCAGUUGCGUGUUGCCUUGGCUUUCUUGUUUUAUUUUCUCCCCUGACAGUGCCAAAUACGCCUGCCUCCCCCUUUUUCUCUAUUGAUAUAUGGCCUGAGCGUUUCUGAAAGAUAUUCCUGUUUUGGGACUAGAUUGCAGAACGUGUAAUCUAUUGAUAUGCAAGUCUAUUCAC